GUCCAUCCCACACAUUUCUCUAACGAAAACAAAGCACAAAAAUGCGAGUGGUGCGAUUUCCAGUAGGCACGUCGCUUUUGGCGUUGGCUAUUUUGUUUCCUUUUACACAUUGCAUAACAGAAGACUCUUCCACGUUCCCUACAAUGACCGACGUUAACGAAUUUCCCGAAGCACGCAAAUCCCCUCGUUAUCUGUGUGUUCAAGGUGGUUGCACUUGCGACGCAAUGAGUGGUAACGCUGAAGAGAAUAUGAUGGCCAACUGCAAUUGCCAAAGUACGAAAUCUGAUGGCAGUGCAAACCCGAAAAUUUCAUCGCCGACUUUCAUGAAAUUCUCUGGAGUUAGGUUUCCACCAAAUCUCAAAAUUGUCCGAAUUUCUAACUGUGAUUUCUUGGACAUCGGUGCAAAUGAUGAAUUCUCUCAAUUACAUUUUACAGAAAUUUCAAUUCAAAAUUCAAUUGGAGUCACCAUUCGACCUUUGGCUUUCAAGAAAGUUUCAAAUUUUACAGUUAAAAACGUAGAAAUGCUUUCUUUCGAGAAUCGAGCAUUUGACAAUCUAGAAGCCGAUAUUGUUCACUUCAAGAAUGUUACAUUCAACAAAAACAACAUGGACAAUUUUAAUCACGUUGGUACCUUCGGUCCAAUUCGAAUCAAUACAGCUUUGGAAUUUAGGGAAUCAAAGCUAUCAACCGAUAUGAAAAUCCAAAUCAAUCAAGAAGACGUGACCAAUCUUACGGUCAGCAUUCGCAACUGCGAGCUUGAAGGUUUAAAAGGGAUGAUCAAAACAAAUCGUUUCGAACUGAUAGGCAAUAACUUCACUAGUCUCUGCUCAAUCAAGGCGAAUGUUCCACUGAUUCCGGUGAAUACAAGUCCUAAUGGACACUGCGAAUCUGAAGAUAAUCUACCCACCACCAGCAUCGAGUUUAGCAAAUCAAUGGAGCUCAACAGCAACACAUACAAUCGCGAACGUAUGCCUGACCUGCUUUUUAGCGUCGAAGAGAAGGGCAUCAUGGAUAUUAGCUUUCCGGACGAAAAGAAACCUACCGAAUCUACAGUGGCAGAAACAGCUGAAAAGUGGUUGGCAAUGUUCACUUUUGAAUUUAAAGGUAAUUUGAUUAGAAACAGAACAAGAAGUAACAUCGACGAAUGCAAAGAGAAAUGGGUCUGGGGAUCAAAACCACCCAAGUACCAGAUCUUUUGCCCCACUCCACAGUCAAUGAAAGAUUUCGUUCGUUCGGGAAAAUUCAAACCACUAUUUCGACGUCCUACUAACAGUUCGUCUGCUUCAACAUUUACCAUUACGUUCUUUUCUCUUGGUUGUGCCCUAUGUUUUCUGAAUUUCUCUGCAUUUCUUUCAAGUUAACAAACAAACAAAUUGUAACAACGGUUGACCUUUCUUUUUCGUUGGUUAAGUUCCCAAUUGAAUACAACUUCCCCCAGCUUCUCGA